UAAACAUGUCACUGCACACAUCCUCCAUUUUCUUCUUACUAUCCUCCCUAGUCCUUUCCCUCUUCAUCCCAAUAUUUUGUUCUUUUGAGGAUGUUGUAGAUGUUGAUCUCGUCCAAUUUCAUCUAAACUUAGAAUUUUUGGAGGCUGAGUUCUACUUCUAUGGUACUCUGGGCUGGGGAUUAGAUCAUGCUGAUCCAAAAUUAGCCCAAGGAGGACCCCCUCCUGUUGGAGGCCAAUAUGCCUAUUUGGAUCCUAUCCUAAGGGAUAUCUUCUCUCAGUUUGCUUUUCAGCAAGCUGGACAUUUGAGGGCCAUAACGGAGGAAGUAAAGGGGUUUCCUAGGCCAUUGCUAAACAUAAGCAAGGAGGCAUUUGCUGAGGUUAUAAACAGUGCCUUUGGGAAACCUCUAAACCCACCUUUUGACCCUUAUGCCAAUUCUCUCAACUACCUACUUGCAGCUUACAUGCUUCCUUAUGUUGGCCUUACUGGAUAUGUUGGGACCAAUCCAAAGUUGCAAGGUGUAAGAACCAGAAACCUUGUUAGUGGGCUUUUGGGAGCAAAAUCUGGGCAAGAUGCGAUGAUUCGAACAUUACUAUAUGAACGUAGGUACUUGCAAGUGAAACCAUAUCAAUGGACUGUGUAUGAGGUCACACACCGCCUUUCAUUGUUAAGGAAUGAUCUUGGCAAGAAACAAGCUGAGGGAAAAGUUGUAGGUCAAGUGUUUGGUCUUAACAUGUAUUCACUUACAUAUCCAAGGAGUCCAGAGGAAAUUUUGAGGAUUGUGUAUGGAUCAGGUGAUGAACAUGUCCCUGGUGGCUUCUUUCCUAAAGGAGGAAAUGGUAAUAUAGCCAAAUCCUACUUACACCCUAAUGCCCCCGCCCCUCAAUGAAAACAGAUCAAAACAAAUCGUCUCAAUUGUAAAAAAACUUGACUAAGUUGAGUUUUAUAUUUUUUUUUUAUAAUUGAGAAAAUCAUAAUCCUCUCUACUCGUUGUAUCUUGAAAAUGUUAUGAUUGUUAUCAUGAGCAAUAUUUAAUAAUAAA